AUGAACUACAAGGGGCUCCUCGUCGCCGCCUUCUAUGGCGGCAUGUCGGUGGCGGCGGUGUUUGUGAACAAGGCGAUAUUCCGCGUGUACCGCUUCACCUUCCCCUACACGCUCGUCUUCUUCCAGACGCUCUUCACGCUGCUGCUGCUCGCCGCCAUGCGCCUCUCCCGCGCCAUCCGCCUCGCCCCCUUCCGCCUCUCCGUCCUGCGCCGGGUGGCGCUGCUGUCGUUCGCCUUCCUGCUGAAGCUGCUGCUGGACAUGGCGGCGCUGUCGCGGGUGAACAUUCCCAUGUACGGCGUGCUCAAGUCCGCCACCACGCCCUUCGUGCUGCUCCUCGACUUCCUCCUCCGCGCCAAGCGCGCCUCCCUGCGCGUGCAGCUCUCCGUCUACAUGACCGCGCUGGGGGGCGUCAUAGCGGGCGCGGGCGACCUCACGUUCGACCUGCCGGGGUACGUGUUGGCGCUGUCAUCGGCACUGGCGACAGCGGCGUACGUGGUGAUCGUGGGGAAGCUGGGCGAGGAACUGCAGCUGGACUCGUUCACCUUGCUGCUCUACAACAACUGCUGGUCGCUGCCCUUCUCCUUCCUGCUCCUCGCCCUCAACGGCGAGCUGCCCGCCGUGCAGCAGGUGCUGCAGUCGCGGGACCCCAUGUUCCUCACGUGCUUCCUGCUGUCGUGCGCGUCUGCCUUUGUGCUCAACCUCGCCACGUACCUCUGCACGCUCGUCAACGACAGCCUCACCACCAGCAUCGUCGGUCGCACCAAGUCCAUCCUGCAGGGCCUGGGCGGCCUCUUUGCCUUCGGGGAUGUGCUCAUGAGCGUGACGAACGUGGUGGGGCUGCUGGUGAACAGUGCGGGCAUCGGGUGGUAUGCGGUGGAGAAGUACCUCGAGGCGCGGCGCCGCUCGCACCACAUACUCUCCCCGGGGCAUGCCAGGGAUGGCAAGGCCACCAUCACCCGCGACGGCUCCCAGCUGUCAUUGGUGUUCAACGAGGUAAAGACAGAAGAUGCCGGCCAACCAGACCCGCGCAACGGCUCUGUGUGA